AGCCCGGGUCAGCGUAGGCACCAAAGCGGUCCCUAGCUGCCAUACGUGCUGAAGCGGCCUCCACGGUGGAUGAAUUGAAGGAGACCAGAGGGGGAGAAAAGAAAGAUAUUAUAAGCAGUAGAGGGGAGUGUAGGUUAAGUAGAUACCGCGCGCGGGGGUUGAGUCCGGAGUCGGAGAAGAUUAAGGUAGCAAAAAGCCGUGGGAGGAAGAAAGGUGAUGAUGAUGAUGGAAUGGGGGAAGCGGACAGGGAAGAAUGAGGGGAACUUCCGUCCCGGCGGUCGGGACUUGAACGAUAUGCCACAACCACCAACUCAGCCCGACAUUCUCUUAUUGCCUGCAUUUUCUUAACUUCUACAACCCCCACUUACACCCCAUCAUCUCUUACACUAUACGCGCAACGCAACAUUCUUGCCAAAAGCUGUAUAUCAAUACAAUACAUUCACCAUACUACUUAGGCUCUUCUUGAGCUCUUUCUCACAACCCAAGACAUAGCCAUGGUCCGCCACAAGAAGGACAACUUCUCCCGCGGCGGCAAGAAAUUCUCCUCCGCCCCGCGCUCUCGUCCCCCUCCCCGCGGCGGCGGCCCCGGUGGUGAUGGCGACGACGACACCGAGAACGGCAAUUAUUCGCGACCUCCUUUCAAGGCCGCCUGCUGGGACAUGGGUCACUGCGAUCCGAAGCGCUGCUCCGGCAAACGUUUGAUGAAUUUCGGUCUCAUGCGCGAGUUGGCAAUCGGCCAGCGCUUUCCCGGUGUCGUAAUCUCUCCCAAUGCCAAGAAGGUCGUCUCCCCCGCCGAUAAGGACCUAUUGGAACAAUUCGGCGCCGCGGUGGUAGAAUGCUCUUGGGUGCGUGUAAAGGAGGUCCCCUGGUCGAGAAUCGGUGGCAAGUGUGAACGUCUGCUCCCCUACCUUAUCGCCGCCAACACCGUCAAUUACGGCAAACCGUGGCGUCUAAAUUGCGUCGAAGCCCUGGCGGCCUGUUUCUGCAUCUGCGGCCACGAGGACUGGGCUCGUGAAGUUCUUAAGCACUUCCGCUACGGCGAAGCCUUCCUAGAGAUCAACGCGAAGCUCUUCAAGCGCUACGCCGCCUGUGCCGACGAGGAGGAGAUGAAGCGCGCCGAAGAGGACUGGCUUGCCAAGAUUGAGAGGGAAUACGAAGAGAGCAGGGCUACGGGUGCGGACGACAUGUGGACCGUCGGAAACACGAACCGUAGAGCUGAGAGUGAUUCCGACGAGGAUGAUGAUGAGGACAAAGAGGGUGAAGAGGAGGAGGAGGAGGUUGAUAAGGACCCGUUCGCCAUCUCGGACGAUUCAGAGGAGGAGGAGCAUAUGGCUGCAAUCAGAGCGAAGAUCUUGAACUCCAAGGCCUUCCAGAAUCCGGAGGUUGAGGAGAAGACGAAGGUCGAGAGGGUCGCGAGAUCCGAGGAAGAGACGAAUUCCCAUUUAAAGGAGGAUUCAGAUGCUGAGUCGGGGUCAGCCGAAGGCGGCAGUGAUGAUGAUGAGGAUGCUUUUGAUAACAUCAUCAAUGCUACACCCGUCACCGAUCGGACUGGUAUUAUCGCGGCUCAGAAGAAGAAGCAGAGAGAGACGGUUAGUGCCUCAUUCUCGAGAACAGUGGUCGAUGCGCCUAAAAGAUGGUAGCGGCGGUCCUUUCUGGGGCACUCUUGCACACAGACAAAAGUAACGAGAUACCAUGGAAAUAUAAUGAAUC